UUCUUGCUGAGAAAAUCAACCCCCGAAAUAGUCCACUUCCUAGUUGUAAAUUUCCAUGAUACUUCACUUUGUAGUUCUAAUUGUUGAUAAGAUGUCAUUGGUUACGUAGUAAUGCGGAAAGGCUACUCGAAAAGGGGCCAAAACUACAUUUGUUCUAGUCGAAUAGAGAAUUUGCCUGCAUGGUCACUACUCAAAUCUCACAAUCUACAACUCAUAUUUUCUUAAAUAAAUAAGUGCCAACUUGAUGAGUCAGUUAGCUAGUAAGAAGAUAUACCUACCCCGCAAAAAAAAGUAAGAAGAUAUACCUGUACAUUUGUAGAAAAUGCCCACCAAACACACAUUUGGUUGACUGGAAAAUCACCAUAUUAUAUGUGCAUUAUAAUUAACCUUAUCUUUGCCUUGUUAAGCACGGUAGGCUUUGCUUAUAUAUAACAUUUGGAGACCAAGCAUGGAAGCCCCAACUGACAAGCAGGAAGCAGCUAGCAAGUGUUGCUACAGCAGCGCAAGCAACCAAGUAUGAGGCCACCUCACGCAGCGCUCCUCUUGCUCUUCAUCCUAGCGUACUUCCGCGGUGCCUACUCCAGUGGCAGCCAGAGCCGUUUCACAUCCAUAAUCAGCUUCGGCGACUCCUUCGCCGACACCGGUAAUUUGGUCAUGUGGGCUGAUCCCGUCCUUCCAGGUCUACUACUCAAGAACCUCCCCUACGGCGAGACCUUCUUCGGCCACCCCACCGGACGUGCCACCAACGGCCGCCUUGUGCUGGACUUCGUCGCCGAAGCUCUGGGUCUGCCUUCCGUGCCGCCGUACCUCGCCAAGGAGAGUAACUUCUCCACCGGAGUAAACUUCGCCGUGGUAGGAGCUCCGGCUCUGACCCUGACAUACCUGCAGGGACAGAAUUUGACUGUGAACCCUCCUAUCAAUAGUUCCCUCUAUGAUCAGCUCCUGUGGUUCCAGAAACUGAAGCCUUCGCUCUGCAAGGGACAAGGUGCUGAUUGCUUCAGGAGCUCUCUGUUUGUCAUGGGAGAGUUUGGAGCAAAUGACUACAGGAGCUUCCUUCUGUCCAACAGGACUGUGGAACAAGCCACAACUUAUGUUCCCCAAAUCGUUGACAGCAUCUCCCAAGGCCUAGAGAUACUGAUCCAGUACGGCGCCAAGUACAUCAUUGUGCCAGACAUCUUCCCACUUGGCUGCGUACCCACAGUGCUCACAAAGCUUGCUAGCCCAAACAAAGCGGAUUACUAUCGGAACGGAUGCCUGAAGAGUGCGAACAGGCUGGGGCGCUACCACAACUCUCUCCUCCGCCAGCGGAUCAAAUUGCUCCGGCACAAGUACCCCCAUGCGAAGAUCAUUGCCGCUGAAUACUACCGACCCGUCCUUGCCUUUCUAGAUAUGCCAGGGCAUUUUAGACUGAAUAGCAGCACAACCCUCCUCACCUGUUGUGGUGCUGGAGGACCUCCUUAUAACUAUGACUUCGACUCAGAGUGCGGGCGGCCGGGUGUGAUGACGUGUGCAGAUCCAUCUCAGGCCCUUCAAUUGGAUGGUUUCCACCUCACGGAGUCCGCCUACAAGGCCGUUGCCGAUGGGUGGCUCCAUGGCCUCUUGAUAUGCCUGGUCUUCCUGUGAAAUCUGGGCUCCUUCGCAAGGGCAAUAGCUCCAGUGUUGUCA